UUGUUCCCUUAGUGAACAAUGGUUAGAGCAUCUCCGAAAAAGGCACCCAACCCUCACCCAACCUACAGCGAGAUGGUAAGGAAUGCCCUCUCGACUUGUAGGGGAUUUCAGAAGAUGAGCCGCCAAGCGGUUUCCGCUUUCAUCAAGUCCAACUAUGGUGUUGACAACAGAACCGCGUUGAACAAGUCCCUCAAGGCCCUUGUGGAGACGGGCAUCGUGUCCCAGGCGAAGGCUUCUUAUAAGUUGGCGGCAGGCCAAAGGCCGAAUGCAACUACCCCAAGCAAGCCCGUGAAGGCCCCCUCGAAGCCUAGUAAGGCCCCUCCUAAGAAGGCGGCGGCCUCUCCCGCCAAGAAAAAGGCCACUUCCAAGGCUUCUGCCAACUCUAAGAAAGUAUCACCGAAGAAGUCUUCCAGUAAAGGGAAGAAGGGGCUCCCUACAAAGAAGGCUGUUACUCAGAAGAAGGCCUCGACUAAGAAGACCUCAGCUGCAAAGAAGAAGACUGGCAAAGGAGGCGGCAAGUCAGGCAGAUCUUAGAUGCCGCAUGUACUCCCUUAUGCAGACCAUAGUAUGUUAUAACGCUUUUUGAUAGUAUGUUCGAGUACCCGUAUUUAUCACUGUGACCCAAUGCAAGCUGGUAUAGUAGGCGAUGGCGAGCCAAGAAGAUGAAGAACUAUUUGUACCACUCUAUUAUCAUUACAACCCUCAAUGAGGCUAGCUGCUACCACUAUUCAAACUACUAGUUAU